UUCAGUUCAGUCGCUCAGUAGAUCUAGGAAAUUUAGAAUCCUUUUGAAAGCAAAUCAGUAAACAUAAAGAGGAAAACCUUACGCUGGGAAUACACAACAGUUCAAGAAAGAAUAUUAUUUACGCAGAGCGCCUGAUUAUAUAUGGGUAUGUCGAAGUCGUUCUUCAAAGUUCUGCGUGAUAACGUUUUGUUUCUCUUCUUAUUUCUGGGGGCAGUUUUGGGAAUUUUUCUUGGAAUAUUCCUCAACGAUGAAGUUCAACAAUCAUCGGAAUCAAGAAAACUUGCAAUGUUAAUUGGUUUUCCAGGGGAAUUAUUCCUGCGAAUGUUGAUGUUUGUAGUUUUACCGUUCAUUUCAUCGAGCAUUAUAACUUCUCUAACAAAGAUUGACAAAAAUGCCGUAAGACAACUUGGAAAGCGUGCAGUAAUCUACUACCUGGUCACAACUCUGAUCGCAACCAGCCUGUCUGUUGUUUUGGGUGCACUCAUUAUAAAACCACAAACUCAUGAAUAUAGAAUUGACCAGACAGCCAAUACGAGACCUAUCUACGCUAUAUUGGAUAUGAUUAGGAACAUGGUCCCUGACAACAUUAUCGAAGCAAGUAUUUCAUCUACUCGAACAAAGCUGGAAAAGAGAGUAACAAAUUUCACAUUUGUAAAUAAAUCCGCUGUUCACCUCAAAUCAUCUCCUGGAAACUUGUCAUCGCUCUUGAAGAAAGAAGAGAUCAAUCCCUGGAGUAUAUCUGCUGAUUCUAUACAAAUCAUCAAAGAGGGAAAUGUAAUCUAUGAAUAUGUUGGUCAGGAGAAAUAUAACUCCGCAAAUCUCUUGGGUGUUCUUGUUCUUUCAAUAGUGUUUGGAAUUGUAUUGAAUGGUCUGGGUGACAAUGGAAAAGCAAUAGCGGAUUUCUUUAGUUGUUUGUUUCAACUUUUCAUGAAGAUCGUUGAAAUAAUAAUGUGGUUUUCGCCUAUUGGUAUCACAAGUAUAAUUGCCGGAAAGCUGGCUGCAAUGAACGAUAUAGGUGGAACAAUGGAAAAUAUUGGACUAUAUGUUACAGCAGUAUUGAUAACAUCCGUAAUUUUUGCAGUUGUUGUCACGGGUAUAUAUGUCAUUUUACUGCGACGAAAUCCUUUUAAACUUAUGAGAUCUAUUGCUAAAGCAUUGCUUACUGCUUUCGGCGUAGGCUCGAGUGCUGCAUGUUUGCCUGUGACUUUAACUUGCUUGAAAGAAAACAAAGUGGUUGAUGAUCGUCUAGCUCAGUUUAUGCUUCCCAUUGGAACAGUAUUAAAUGCCCCUGGGACGGCGAUCACUAUCGCUGUUGGUACAAUGUUUGUUGUACAAACAUUUCAUCCUUACUUGCGCACCGUGAGUUCAUGCAUUCUUAUCAGUGUAUCAUCAACAAUAGCAACACUUGCGGCGCCACCUAUACCUGGGUCUGUGCUGAUUGCUGUUCAAGGCAUUGUGUUACAAGUCAUUGGAAUUCCAACGGCUGACGUCUGGUUAAUCUUUGCUGUUGAAUGGUUGACAGAUCGCAUUAGUACCCCUGUCAACAUUUGGGCAAACAGUUUGGCUUUGGUUAUAUUUGAGCAUUAUUCACGUGACGAACUCCAAUCGCUUGAUGAUUGUACCGAAGCACUUGAGGAAGUAUCUGUAGUUUCAGCUAAAGGUGCACCUGAUUCAACUCAUACGAAUGCUGUCGUUAUUGAUAUUGCGGAUGAAGUCGUUCAAGAAGAUGAAGAGAAAAAAACAUAACAUUCUAGAGGCUUGGUAGAAGAUUGACAAAUUUUGAGUACUGUUUAUGUCAUUUAUAUUUAUAAUAU